CAGACUCACUGCUGAAACACGCCGAGACAAAGACAAAGAUGCAGAGGUGUUUGGGUUUCUUCUGCGUCUCUCUGAUCUUCUGUGCAGCUCUCUCUGAGACCAUCGGGCUCGUCAUCGCGGCCAAGGAGAAGCGAGGCUGGACUCUGAACAGCGCUGGGUACCUGUUAGGCCCACAUGGGAUCGAUGGACACCGGACCCUCGGAGACAAACCCGGCCUGGCUGGGAAGAGGGACAUGGGCCAGGACGAGGACUUCAGAACAGGUUCCCUGAGAAUAGCCGACGGAGACGUCAUCCACACCAUCAUUGACUUCCUGUCCUACCUCAAACUUAAAGAGUUGGGCGCCUUGGACACCAUGCCGGCCUCCGUGACAUCAGAAGAACUGGCCAAUCCCUGAAGCCUGAGUCUCCGUGUGGGCGUGGCCCGCCUGCGUCCAAACGUCCGAUUCUUCAAGCCGCAGUCGUGUCCGGGGUCAGAUCUUUGUGCUGCUGUAAAUAAAUCCUCUAACGACGGUGGAUAUUAAACAACAACG